AUGAGUGCCGGUACAACAACUGAAAAGAAGAUUCCUCCUCCUGUCGCUGAGUCAAAGCACGUUGGAAGACGCAUGUUUGAGAACCAAAAUGAUCCCAGAAAUACAUAUCCAAAAGAGGAACUUCCUGAAUCCUACAGAGUCUUGCCUCCUGGAACAUUCAGUACAAUGGACUAUCGUGAUGAGAGAGUCAACUUUCACACCGAUGCAGAUGGUACUAUUACCUAUGUAACUCGGGGUUAA